UCUAGAACAUAACACGACCUUCUGACAGCAAACAGCACUCAGUGGCGACUGAAAACAUUUGCGUCUAUCUCAAGACUUGGCCUGCUCUAAACUCAGUUGUGAACACAUUGAUCAGGGCUUCAACAGCUUCUAGCAGAACUCUUGUAGCCCAGUCUCCCAGCAAACAGUCACCAGUUCCGCCAUGGCACCCACCGUGUCUGUAGACGCUAGAUCAGCCGACAGGAUCAACGGUUCUCACAGCGCCGACCUGCUGUCUGACUCCUUUAACGUCUUCGUGUCGUUGUGUGACGCCGACAACAGCUGCGAGACGUAUUUCAGCUGUCGCGACAGCACGCCCAGCGUAAGGAGCGUCAUCCCAGAGCCGUCAGACGCCUUUAUGGAGGUGAUGGGUAACAUGAGACGUGAGUCUGGCAGCUCAACCGUGACGGGUCAACAACCUGCUGACCAGGUCAAGGUCACACAGACACCAGCUGACCGCGCCAAGGUCAGACAACAGCUUCCUGUCCCAGACAAGACCAGGCAGACGACACCAGGGGGCGCCACCUACCUGACCCCGCCGGAGAGCGAGGGGGUCAAGGCUAAGAGCAGACGACCAGCAUCGUUUGGCGGCGCCGACCUGGUCAAGCCCCGGCAGGGCCGCAGGGCCAGCCACUGCGACAAGCGGGUCACCUGGGCCGACGAGAAGGGGCCGCACCAGCUCUUCUCCGUGCGGCUCAUCAGGCCCCGGCUCUCUGUGGACACCGACACGCGGCUCAGCGGCACACCCGGACAGUCCAUCUUACGUAAUGCCGGCACGUCAUAGCCGUCGUAUGCCUAGUCCAAUAACAGCCGACCACAAAAUGGCCGACCGCAAAAUGGCCGACCACUAAAAUGACCGACCACAAAAUGGCCGACUCCACCUAGAGAGCUGUCUGCUCAAACUGUGCCAAGGGCUGACAACAGACCAUCGACUGCCAGAGUUGAGCCGUUCCUGCUGUUCUCUGGGCUCACGUGCCCCUGACAUUGGUACCCACAAUACCUUGCGAGGUUUGGAUAGUCCCGGUGAAACGACAGCAAACAAUAAGUACCAACUAUUUUAAACGAACGUUGAAAGCAUUUCAAAAGCACUUAAAAUGAAUGCUAAAUUAUGUUAACAUUCAAAGUUAAGUUCUAAUUUCAUACAGAAUUCCUCCAAGCAUGUUCAUAUUGUCAUGCAAUUUUAAACACACCGUUUGUUUUUGGAACCACUUGAAAUGUUCAUAAAGAAAACUUUAAAACUAAUUGACAGGGUUUGUCACUUUUGAUUGGCUAGGGGCUUUAUGAAUACGUACCAAUGAUAAUGAUAUAGUAAAAAUGUUGAUGUUUAUCACGUGAUGAAGUUGAUUUUGACCAAGUUGAUGUUUACCAAUGAUAAUGAUGUAGUAAAAUGUUGAUGUUUACCAAUGAUAAUGAUGUAGUAAAAAUGAUGAUGUUUAUCAGUGAUGAAGUUGAUGAUGUUUACCAAGUUGAUGUUUACCAAGUUGAUGUUUACCAAGUUGAUGUUUACCAACCCUGAUGCUGUUGUAUUAAAACCGCCAGAGCGUCAUGUUCUACCCGGCAGAUUAAGACAAAGCCUCACGCUAGUCACAAGUUGUAUUGAUUUCAAGCUAAAAAUAGCUCAAUCAUUAAUUAUAAAAUAUCAUCGACGUCUCGAGUGACGACAUUUAUAAUUUGCCCCCCCCCCCCCACCCCCCACGUGGGUUCCUUCAUGCCUGAUUACACCCCUGUUCAGCCCCCGGCAAUACAACCUAACCAGCGUACGGAUAUACUUAUUAAAAUCUAUUUUUAGAUGUAAUUGUUACCAGUGCCUGCGAACUGCAUCAGUGACUCGCAUCAGCGACUCGCGUCAGUGCGUCAUCUGUGCUAUUUUUAGCCGUCAUCAUAUUCCUGGCUCAUGUAUUCAAUU